UCCGCGGUCACACUGCUGUACAUAAAUAACAAAGAGGAAGGAAGAAAAAAAAAAGGAUUCAAAGGACGCCCAGUACGCACACGCACAGCGAAAUGCCGAGAAAUGGUGAUGCCGGCAACGGCGCCCCAAGAUCUGGUACCGGUGGCACCAGCGACGGGUGUAUUUAUCCAGACGACGUCAUAAUGGGCGUGGGAGUUGCAUUCAAUGUCCGCUAUACAGGCUGCGUUGAGGUCAAGACCUCGAUGAAAUCUCUCGACUUUGAGACUCGCACGCAGCUGGCGCGGGAGUGCAUCAACCGCGUCUGCGAGGCCGCAGGCCUGAAGUCGGCCGGAAAGCGACGUCUGUGUUCCUUCAUAUCGGACCGGCCCAGCAUGCAGCAUGCCGGCACCAACAUCAUCAUCAAUGUGUCCAGCCGCGCCCUCACGCUGAGCAAUGUGGAAUCGGGCGAGGUGAUAGUCAAUCACAAUAUGCCGCGCAUCUCCUUUGCCUCGGGGGGCGACAACGAUACCCUGGACUUCCUGGCCUACAUUGCCAAGAACGAGGACGAGUGGCGUGCCUGUUACGUCCUGGAGUGCGCUGGUGGUCAGAGCGAGGAUCUGAUCGUGACCAUUGGCAAGGCCUUUGCGCUGCGAUUCAACGCCCUGAGCAGGCAUAAAGAUCCCACUGCCGAUAACAUCAAUCAGAGCUGCAAGGAAAACGUCAAAGAGUAUUACAACGAUUUGCCCGACAAGCUGCCACCAGAGCUCCCCAACGAUGAUAACCGCUCCCAGCCGCAGCAGCAGCAUCAAACGGCCCAACUCCCAUUGCAUACUCAUGCCCCGCGUGUGGCUCAACUUAAUCUGAAGAAGCCACGCGAUCGCCUUAGCAGCAACCUCAUCGACCUCAAUUCCCCGCCUCCCGAUCAGACUACCAACAAGCUAGCCCUCGGGCAUUCGUCGGCGUCUGCUACUUCCUCCUCCACCCUAACGGCCGGCCAGGUGCGCGAUGUCUUCGACGGGCCCCAGUGUCCACUCACUGCCGAAGUCUGGUUCCACGCUGCCAUCUCUAGACCGAUUUCCGAACGUCUGUUACAGCAGGAUGGGGACUUCCUGGUACGCGAAUCUCAGGGAAAGCGUGGCCAGUAUGUCCUCACUGGGCUGGAGGGCAAGACGCCCAAGCAUCUACUGCUCAUCGAUCCCGAGGGCGUGGUUCGCACCAAAGAUCGCAUUUUCGAUAGCAUUAGCCAUUUGAUAAAUUACCACUGGGCCCAUGCGCUGCCCAUCAUAUCGGAGGAUUCGGAGCUGGUCUUGCGUAAUCCCGUACGCCGGCCCGCUCAAGAUCAGGCAGUGGUCGCCGGAGCAGGAGCCACCAUAGCUGCACCCUGAACGGCUCGAGAGCACAAAUAUAUGGACUUGCAAGUCUUCACAUAAAUAUACAUACAUAAUACUUAUAUAUAUAUAUACAUAUAUACUUGUAUCCGUGUACACGCUUAGAUUAACAUAAUUGCACUCGUAGAGAAUUUUUUAUAAUGUAUCGUCGCAUCAUUGUAUAGGAACGAACCCAUUUAUUUAUGGAUUGAAUAUACAAAAGCAUCUUUAUAUGAGCAGUACAGUAUUUUCCCAUCAAACGAGAAUAAAUAACACCAAAAACCAA